GUGGUGCUACUGAUCGACGACCAAUUUUCUGUUCUUGUCCGCUGGCAGUCGGAGACACAUUCUCUGUCUAGCCUAGCGUGCAGAAUGCCAACCCUUGUACGCACAAAGUGUGACAUUUAUUCGUAUUGCUGCAUAAUCAUCCAGCCUUGCGUCCUUCUUCUCCACAUACAAGUGGUGCCUUACGCACAGUUCUGCAAUGGGGCCAGUGGCAAGACUCUACACCCUGCAAUAUCCCCGCUAUCCGCUGGAUAUCCCACCAGAUGUUUUCUUCUUCAAUGCGCGAGUUUCCACUCUUUCGGAGCUGACCUGACCCCUCCUCCUAACUCCUUCUCCAGCUCCAUUUUCCUCAUUCCCCGAGUCGUUGACCCUUGCAACCAUGGAUCAAAUCGCAGGCUCUAGGCCGCCUGAUGUGAGCAUCGGCUACCGGCUCUUGGUUGGCACGACGGUCACCUUUGUAUGCGCAUUCAUUGUUGUGUCUUUGCGGGGCGUAGCUCGCAGCGUGUAUGCUCGCAUGAGCUGGGAUGACUAUCUUAUGAUAUUUGCUUUGGUUCAAGCGUUAAUAGCGACUGUCUUCGAUUUUAUUGCCGUCGACAAAGGACUGGGACGUCACCUAAUUUACAUCCCGAAAAAUGACGCCGUCACAGCCAUGUACUACGAUCUGCUUUCGCAGGUCUUCUGCAUUAAUGCCUUGAGCUUUGCGAAAAUUUCUAUUUGCCUAUCCUAUCUGCGUAUCUUGAAAGGAUCGCGCCAUACCGUGCUCCGGGUAACAUGCUACCUCACUGCGUUCCUGGUCUUUGCGGUCAACACUGUGGUUAUUAUCUCGUUGUACGCACAAUGCGAUCCACCACGCAAGUCCUGGAAUCCAUUUAUACCUGGAAAAUGCUGGGAAUUUAGAACUGAGAUCAGUCUUGUAUUGCUUCAGGGAGCUUGGUCGGCAGUAACAGAUUACUUCCUAUCCAUUCUACCAUUCUUCCUUUUCAAAGACCUUCAGGUCAGUCGCGGAAACAAGAUCAUCUUGUGUGGACUGAUGGGCCUGGGUGUGAUAACGGGCGUCUUCGCCACGAUCCGCACAAUUGAAUCCGGUCUGGGUCUCAAAAAUGGGAUCAGCGAUGCCUCCUACACGACCGUGAUGGGUCUCAUGUGGGCGGGCAUGGAACGUAACAUCGCCAUGAUGAUCGGCAGCGUGCCCGCGCUACGACCACUAACAUCACCAUUCCUGAAACUGACAUCAGAAACGAUGUCAUACUUGGGGAUCCGGUCUUCAUCUAAGACAUCAUCAGGUUCCGGCGGUAAUGGAUCGGGCUCGUUCCAGAAUAAGUCGGGUGGUAAGUCCACUAAGGAUUUGCCUACAACGAGUAUGGAGCAGAUCUUGCCAAACAGAGUGCCGAGAGACAUGGUAUGAGCGGGGAACUGUACAUACGUGGGGGCUAAAGCUGGUGCUCCUGAGUCUGUUAGGUAUUGCGUUAAUGAAUUAUGCCAGUGUGUCUACUGUUACACUUAGAGAAGUUUUCUUUUGUGCAUAAGCCUGCAGCC